AUGUCUCAUCGUGCCAGCACCUUGGACCUGGACAUUACCAGCAAGUACAGCACUUUGGGAGGGAACGCCCAACGGCGCUCCACUAGCCUGAGUUCCCAGGCUCAGCCCAAAACCUCCAAGCCAGGUGACGUCCUGUGUGACUUCUGCACCACGCGGAAACAGAAGGUUUGGUUUAGAAAUCUGUUUUCUUUUCUUUUUUAAAUGUUUAUUUUUGACAUAUUUUUGGUCAUUUAGCAGACGCUCUUAUCCAGAGCGAUUUACGGGAGCAAUUAGGAUUAAAUGCCUUGCUCAAGGGCACAACAACAGAUGUUUCACCUAGUCAGCUCGGGGAUUCGUACCAGCGACCUUUUGGUUACUGGCCCAACACGCUUAACUGCUAUAGGCUACCUGCCACCUCCAUAACAUUGUUUGAAAUUAUUUUGUUUAUCUUUUUGUUCUAUAUUGUAAAGUGUCUUUGGGCCCUGUAAAAGUGUCAUAUAAAACCUGUCGUGUCGUCUUCUUCUUAAGGCUGUGAAGUCCUGCCUACUGUGCCUGGCCUCCUACUGUGAGACCCACCUCCAGUCCCACUAUGAAUACCCAGCCUUGAUGAAACACAAGCUGGUGAAGGCCACAGGCCAGAUGAGGGAGAAGAUCUGUGCCCAGCACGACAAGCUGCUGGAGGUGUUCUGCCGCACCGACCAGACCUCAGUCUGUGUCCUCUGCAUGAUGGACGAACACAAGCGCCACGACACUGUGCCAGCUGGCACUGAGAGGAUUGAGAAACAAGUUAGUUUUGGUAACACUAUACUCAAGUCCCCCUUUUAAAAAAAAAGUCCAGCCUCAGACAGCUGGCCUUUUUUACACCCCCUAUGCAUUCGUAAAGCCUUUAUAACAGCUACAUAAGACAUUAUGACAUCCAUCAUAGGCCUGGUUCAUAUGUUGAUGCUCCUAUAACGUUGUGUAAAUGUUGUCCCUUACAGAAACAGCUGGGAUUCACUCUAAUGAAGUCUCAGCAGAGGAUUGAUCAGAGAGUGAAGAAGUGGACAGACCUUCGCCAGGCUGUGGAGUCAGUCAAGGUGUGUAAAAAAAUUAUGAACCUUUGCAUGCAAGCAGUGGGUGGGAGAACUUAUUAUUUUAAAUCACUUCAAUAAACCCCCCCAAAACUUGCAAGAGACUCCUAACAAACUGGGAAUGUCCCUCUCUCUUUAACCUCCCCUUUUUCCCCUUCCUCUUUCUCGCUUACAUGUCCCCUCUUUCAUUUACUCCUGCUCUUUUAUCUCUCCCUCUAUUUACCCCCAUACAGCACUCUGCCCAGGCGGUGUUGGAUGAGAACGAGCGUAUCUUCACAGAGCUGCUGCGCUCCAUAGAGAGAAGGUACAUAGAGGUGAGGGAGCUGGUGCGAGCCCAGGAGAAGACCACGGUGAUCCAAGCUGAGGGACUACUGGCCCGCCUGGAGGAAGAGAUAACUCUGCUGAGGAAGAAACACACCGACCUGGAGAAACUCUCCCACACUGACGACCACAUACACUUUCUACAGGUUGGUAUAAUGUACAGUUACAGUCUCACACUGCCAGACUUCAUAGUCUUGUAUUCACUUGGCUACUGGAACAGGCACAGGAACGUGAUAAAGCUGGAGUAUCAGACUUCCCACCAGGCACUGAAUGUAUACUGGGCAAAAGUGGAUUGAAAUAACAUUGUUUCACCUGUCCUUUCAACUUAAUUCGAACUUAAUUUCAGCUUAAUUAAUUAGAGUAUUAUGUUGCAUCAUCAAUGUGGAUAUUUGACUGAAUUGCUCAAAGUCAUCAUCAUGCUCCUCUUUUCCCACCUGUUCUCCAUCGUUCCUCUAGAGCUGGCAGUCUCUGUCUGGUCCCUCUGGGUAUGAGGAUCUAAACAAUGUCACUGUCGCGCCAUACUACUCCUUCGAUGGAGCCAAGAGAGCCAUCGCUGCGUUGAAGGUGCAAGUGGAGGAAAUCAACAAGACGGAAAUCAGCAAAAUCGCCUCUGCAGGUUAGUUACCUCAACACACAGUGAUUUCUUCUUUUUGGUUGACUUUGCUCUUGUUAUUCUUUACAAUGUAUGUCAUGCUAUGUUGGCAAAUUAGUGUUUAGAUUCAUUCCGUUUUCACAGUAGCCUAUUUAUUCCCUAUUUAAUAUUUAUUACAGCGGUCUGUCUGUCUGUCUGUCUCCACAGUCAAAGAGGUCCAUAUUAUCCAACCACUAGAACCUAUGGCACGGGAAGAACUAGAAACCAAGAGAAGAGAAUAUACAGAACCUAAGACAAGAGAAGAUUUCAAGAAAUGUGAGUCAUUUUAACCCGUUUUUUUAUUUAAUAACAGUGUGUCUAUUCUAAUUUGUGCCCUGUGUCCUGUAACGGCAGACACUCAUAUUCAUUUGAAGGAAGGAAGUAAAUGUAACACGAAUUUCCUGUUGUAUGGUCACAUGAGCAUGAUGGAUGAAACUGGCAUGGAAACCAGUGUGCCACAGUGACAGAGAUAGUCUUUGUAUCUGCAGAACAGGUUAGGUGAAAACCAUCCAUAAAGGUGUCGCUCCCAGCGGUGGAAAAACACUGAAGAUAUAUGAUUAAACAGACAGUUACGCAAUAUUGACACCUAAUCAUGUGUCACAGGACAGAGUUCCUUCUCUUUUAAUAAGAGAGAACUGCAACUGGAACUUCAACUCUAUAAGUCGUUACUCCUAGGCAACUAUAAGGAAAACAACAGCAUAAUUAAACAGCAUAUUACACUGGUAGUUCUUCUGAUGUAGGGCCUUGUUUGGUCAUUGUUUGGUCUAUCUUGUUCAAACCCCCUGGUGUAAAUGUUAAGUGUUGGAUUGACAGUUUCAGGGUCCUGCGAUCAAGUCCUGGUUGGGGCUACCCCCCUGAAAUUGCCACAGUAUUUAUUGUUUGGUCUAUCUUUCUAUUCUAAAGCUUUUAUCCCUCUGUUCCAGACCUGGUCCAACCAACCCUGGAUGUCAACAGUGCCCACCCCAACCUGUACCUGUCUGAGGGCAACACUGUAGCCAAGAUGAUGAGCGAACCCAAGAACUACCCAGACCAUCCAGACAGGUUCGACCACUGGCAGCAGGUAAGAGGAAAUGUUUUUUGCUCUUGUGUGACGUCACAUGACUCAGACUAGGAAAGGAUAGGGCUUUCUCAUAGUUUCAUAUAAUAUUUUUCAUUGCAUGGUGGGUGGGCGGAUGGUCAGAUUCAUAUCCAAUUAACUAAAUUAAUUCAAUUCAACUCAACUCUCUUCCAUCCCAGCUGCUGUGUAAGGAGGGUCUGUCAGGGAGUCGCUGCUACUGGGAGGUGGACUGGAGAGGAACGGAAAUAGACAUCGCCGUCACCUACCAGAGCAUCAACCGCAAGGGCAACAACAAUGAAUGCAGCCUGGGGUGGAACGACAAGUCCUGGAGCCUGUACUGCUCUGAGGACAAAUAUUCCUUUGUGCACAAGAACCAGAGCACAGAUAUAGCCAAGCCCAGGUCCUCAAGGGUAGGUGUGUAUGUGGACCAGAUAAAGGGGACUCUGGCAUUUUACAGUGUGUCUGAUAGCAUGAACCUCCUUCACAAAGUACAGACCGCCUUCAUGGAGCCUCUCUACCCUGCCUUCAGUGUGUGGGGCUUUGGUUCCCGUGUGAAACUAGUGUAAUGAUUGAGUGGGAAAAGCUGAAGGGGGGUCUUGAACCAGCAACCCUAUGGUUACAGAGAAAUCUCACUAAAUCUGUGCCAUAAAGGUCCAGACCUCUUGAAGUUGUUGUAUGCUUACAUACAGGGAGGCUAUACAAGCAUAUUAAAUGAAAUGUACCUGUAAAUAGAUUGAUGCUCAUUAUAAUGUGUGUAUAAUUGUGUCAAUGCAAUGGAUGAAUUACCUUGUAAUAAGUAUGUAAUUACAGAUAGAUACAAUGUUGUUUCAUAUUUUCUGAGAAGAAAAAAUUAUAAUUACUGGAAAAGAGUAAGCAAAUGUUUAGAAAGUUUUAAGAUGAGUGAUAGGGCGGAAUCUGCUUUGACAGUUCGGUGAGACCAUUACUGUUGGAUGUUAUCGGACCUUUCUUUCCCUUUCAUAAUAAUCAGAUCUUGUAUAAUCAUAAUGAAUGUAUUCUGAUUAAAACACUGUCUGUGUAAGAAAAGUGGACCCUAC